AUGUAUAUGACGACUACAUUCAAAUUUUGUAUAAAAUAUUUGGAUACAGAAAGAACAAUGGGUUGUUAUUCAGAUCCGAAUGGUAAUCGUGGAACAUUGAUUGAAGUGUUGAUAAAAAGUGAUGGUGAAUAUUUGAUUUCAAAUAAAAAGUAUCAACCCUAUAUCGUUCUUAUCCCACCCGAAAAACAACUAUUAGAAUAUUUUGUAUUCAAUGUUACAUCAUCUAUUGUUAAUGGAAUUUUGAUUGAUGGUACAUUUAAUGUUUCUAGCGACAAACAUUUCACUGAAGAUUCUACUUGUCCACAAACUGCCGAUGCUCAUCGUAAAAAUUCAGUUAAAGAUUGUGUAAUUCGUCGAAAUGAGUUUGGCUUUGAUUUUCGAGGAAUUGCUAUUAAUCGACCACUAUUCUGGUUGACAAAUCAUACAGCACUUGAAACAAUUCGUCAAAGUAUAAAACAGUAUAAUGAUUUUAAUAAAACAAAAGUUGAUCCUCGAGUUAAAGCUCAUAUGAAAUCGACUAUGUAUGGUGCUAAGAAUGCUAAAGUUUGUGAAAUGUUAUAUAAACCAUAUUUAAUCAAAUGUCGUACGUAUGAUGAUACAAUUCUUUGGGCAACAUUAUUACCCGUAAAAGCAAACAAACCUUCUGAACGUUUGUCACGUUCUGUGUUGAUGUUUAUAACAAAAACUGAUUUUUAUUCCGCAUUUCAAACGUCUAAUGGUAUAGGCGCUCAAACAACGAUAUCCAGCGUUAUUGUUUUAUUAGGACUAGCAUGGCAAUUACGUGCAAUGAAAAUGAAUCAAUUAUUAAAGGACAUUCAACGUGAUAUUGCUCUAGUAUUUCUACGUGGAGAAUCAUGGAAUUUAUAUGGUUCAUCAAAAUUAGCCGAACGUCUAGAAAAAAAUAUAUUUCCAUAUAAAUUUAAUUCUAAAUUAAAUAAAGAUCAAUUUGCUCCUAUAGAACUUAAACAUAUUGAUUUGAUUAUUAAUCUCGAUCAAAUUGGACUUAAUUCUACUACUUAUGCAUUAUAUGAAGAUCCAUUAGAACAUCCAUUCAUUGCAAAAAUAAAAGGAAUUUUAUCUCAAAAAGUAUCUGAUUUAACAGUAAUGAGUUCAUUUAAAAAUUUAAGUGUUAAUACUGUUUUAUUAACAAAUUAUUAUUUAAAAAUGAAUAAAUAUUACAAUAGUUAUCUUGAUAAUUUUGAACAUGUUAAGUCAAUAGAUUAUUCGAUGAUCAUUAAUCAAAUAUUGUCUUUAACAAAAGCGAUUUGUGAUUAUUGGAAUUUGACCACAUGUGAUAAAUUAAUGACUAAUUCAACAUCUAAUUUACUUGAAGAAAGUAUUCAUUCGUUAUUUGAAUGUUUUCUUAAACAAAAUUGUACAUUACUUCUCUCAAAUGUUACAAGUCCAUUUAACUCAUCAAUAAUCGAUCAAUUUCAUGUCAUUAAAGUUCCAUUAACAGAGUGGCAAAAAAACAUUUCAUUUUUACAAUUAUUUUCUGUUCUAAGUAAAGAAGUCACCGAAAUGAAAGCAUACAAAAAUAAAUUAUUUUUUAUCAUGAAUUUUAUUCAUGAUAUUUUAGUCAAUUUUUUAGGAGAUAAACAGCAAACAACAAAAGAAAUAUGUGAAGAAUUACCCGUUUUUAUUAAACGAUCGUUUAUUUCAACAACAUCAACAUGUCUAUCCUAUUUAGUAGAUAUGUUUGAUAUUUUGUAUGAAAAUAUUAAAUCAAUAGAUAAUCGAACGAUAGCAGUGAGUGCUUUUGAAGAGCCAGAAUUUUUUUUAUAUUUAACAGUAGCUGAUAAACAAGAAGUAAUUACACUAGUGUGUGGUAUUUUAUUGACAAUUACUGGAAUUCUAUUAUCUUUCUUUUCUAUUGAUCUUAUACCAGUAAUACUGUCAAAAAGUCACGAUGUAUCAAGUACUUCUUAG